AUGUGGGACUCUCUUUCCAUCCCACCGGAGGGCCUCAUCGGAGGCUACCAAGGAUCUAGCCUCGUAAUCAAGAUUCUGAUGUCUGUCUUCAGUGCCAUUGCAUUGUACAAUGCGGUCGAACUCGUUAUCCUCAUUUUCCUCACCUUCACUCGCUACAGUGGUCUUUACUUCUGGAGCAUGCUCCUGUCGGACUUCUUUGCAGUUGGGCCAUUGUGGUUUGCAGUCACCCUUUCGACAAUCGGCUUCUAUUUCAUGGUCCCUGGCCAAUCCAUUGUAUUAUACUCUCGCCUCCACUUGGUUGUGCAAAGCCAAACGACCCUCCGACGUGUGCUCGCCAUGAUUAUCAUCGACGCGAUUAUCCUGCUCAUACCCACAACUGUCCUGACCUAUACCACCAUCUACGUCGGCUCCCAGCCGAUCAUCCGAGGUUAUAACGUGAUGGAGCGGAUGCAAUUGGCUUGGUUCUGCGCCCAAGAGAUUCUCAUUUCCGGCAUCUAUAUCGUGGAAACGAUCAACCUGCUUCGACUACGACCAGAGAAGGACCCGCAACGGCACAAGAGCAUGUAUGAGUUGAUAGCAAUCAACCUGGUUAUCGUUCUGCUAGAUGUUUCUCUCCUGGUACUGGAGUAUGUGGGAUUGUACACCCUCCAGACCACCCUGAAAGCCGCAGUUUACAGUGUUAAAUUGAAGCUAGAGUUUGGCGUCUUGCGAAAGCUGGUUUCGCUCGUCAACACCCGCCCCUCCGAGUCUAGUUCGACGGACCAGGAUGACUACCCCAAUUUUGUGGACCCCGAGCAGAUCACAGGCGAUGUCACGCGAGCAGCUCCUCCCAGUUCACAGACCCAGUCCCGGUAUCCCUGGACGGCUCUCUCCAUGGACAGUCUGGUUUUAUCCGACCGUAGACGGCCUCUGUCGCAGUCAUCGGAGGUUCCUCGGCCACCUUGAAGCAUACAUUACAGGCCAUAAUGGAAGCCGGUCGCUUAGGCGUUGGGCCCAACUACUGACGUCUGGAGCGGCUAGGCUCUCAUAUCUGUUGACCUGUCAUUUGUCCCAGAGGAGCUGCGUGGCUAUUGACUUCUAGUUCAGGUCCCCUGACGCCCCUGCCAGAUUGGGUGCUCGGGGCCUAACCAUACCACUAAAGCUUGCGAGUAGCUGCAUGCCCUCCAAGGCAUCCGUCAAGCGCGCUUUAUGGGCCGCCUGGUUCGCCCGAAUUGAGCGGGCCGAAGUCUAUCCCCGCCUAGCAUGAGGAUGACCCCUGCGAGCUUCUUCGGGAUUUGCGGCUGAUCUUGGCUCUAAAGCUGAAGGAGUCAUGGCUUCCUUCUUUAGGCAUGGCGUAUGUAUAUGCGUGCCCAACGUCAAGCGACAGGGUCGACCGGUCGAGAAGCCGGCUUAUUUAUAACCUG